ACACAUUUACUUCCACUGGACGCAUAUCAAUGGUGGAACCAAAUUUACAAAAUGUUGCUAAGAACUUUGAAGUAUAUACAGGAGAAGAUAGUGAUAAUUUGGAAAUAUCUUGUCGUCGUGCAUUUUACCCAACAGAUCCAAAGCGCUGGCUUAUAUCUAUUGAUUUUUGUCAACUAGAGAUGCGCAUACUAGCGCAUUUAUCGAAGGACCCUGCAUUAUUAGAAGUUAUGCGUACGAAAAAGGAUAUUUUUACUGCUAUAGCCGCAAGUUGGUAUAAAGUAUCCGAUGAUAAUGUUACAGACCAAUUAAGAAAUGAUACCAAGAAAAUAUGUUACGGCAUUGUGUAUGGCAUGGGUAUGUGUAGUUUAGCAGAUUCUCUUAAAUGCACUGAAGAACAGGCCAAUUUGCUCUCAAGAGAAUUUCAUGCUGCAUAUCCUUAUAUUAGAACUUAUGCAGAGAAAAUUGUAAGAUUUGCACGAAUCAAUGGUUAUAUUGAGACUAUAACUGGGCGUCGACGUUAUGUGGAAAACAUCAACAAUGCUGAUAUAAGAAUUAAAAACCAAGCUGAGCGUCGUGCCAUUAAUGCAAGUAUUCAGGGCUCUGCGGCUGAUAUAGUGAAAAGAGCUAUUUUGCUUACGGAGAAAAAUAUACAAAAAUAUAGUUCAGAUUUGGGUAUUGAAGAGAAUUCAGUAAGAUUAGUUUUGCAUGUGCAUGACGAAUUAAUUUUCGAAGUACCAAAAGACAAAGCAAAACACAUCGCUAAAGUCCUAAGCACAACAAUGGAAAAAUGCGUGCAAUUAAAAAUACCACUUAAAGUAAAGGUUAAGAUAGGAAAAAGCUGGGGGGAUUUAAAAUAA